UCCGGGGUUGCUACGUCAUUACGUUUCGCUGCAGAGGCUAUGGCGCUUCCUGAGUCGAUGAUAACGCUGGUUGCCACGGUUGCCACCGCAUCUUUCUUCUGUUUCUUCUGUUUAUGUGUUCGCUACAGACGCAAAGUGCUCUGGAGAAAAUUGUUGAGCAAAAUAAUGGCCCGCACGGAGAAGCCGUUGUUCCGAAUCGCGUACACGCUCUACACGAGGACCAGACUCGGCUACAUGUUCUACAAGAGACAAAUGAGAAAAGCGCGAGAAAAUUUCCCUGCUGGACAUUCCACAGCUCAGGCCAUGGAGUUCAAUGGUAUUAAAAUAAUUCCCAUCCCGGUGCUGUCUGACAACUACAGCUAUCUUGUAAUUGACACAGCCUCCAGUGUUGCGGUUGUUGUAGACCCUGCAGACCCUCAAACAGUGCAGGAAGUUCUCAAGGCAGAGGGAGUGACUUUAGAAGCAAUACUCUGUACACACAAGCAUUGGGAUCACAGCGGGGGAAACAAAGGGUUGAAAAGACUUCACAGCUCAUGCAGAGUUUAUGGAAACGCAGCCGAUAACAUUCCUGGCCUCACGCACCCUCUCUCACACAAGGAGUCAGUCACAGUUGGCUGUAUGCACUUUAAGGCCCUCUUCACUCCUGGACACACAGUGGGCCACAUGAUCUACCUCCUGGAUGGCCGGGCGCUCGACGCCCCCUCCAGCCUCUUCUCUGGUGACCUGGUGUUCCUCUCAGGUUGUGGGAGGGUGUUUGAAGGCAGUGCCACAACAAUGCUGUCCUCUCUGGACACAGUCGCCUCCCUAAGUGAUGAUACUUUAUUAUGGCCUGGUCAUGAGUAUGCAGAGGACAACCUACUGUUUGCUGCUGAAGUUGAGCCUCGCAACGCUGCCAGGGAAAGCAAAUCUCAGUGGGUGCUGCAGCAGCGAGGCCAGAAGCUGUGCACGUGUCCCUCCACUGUCGGAGAAGAGAGGCAGUACAAUCCUUUCCUGCGCAGCCACUCUGCAGACCUCCAUCUGGCCCUGGGCGUCGAGCAGUUCCAGGACGAAGACUGGACCCAGUUCAGGGCUCGGGUGCUGGAGGAGCUGCGAAAACGCAAAGACCUCUUUAACAGGAGAUAGUACUGGAAACACGUAGGCCAGCUAAACACUGGCAAACAGAGGAGCGAGCUCACCUGUACUGGACAGUGGUACAUUGUAAAACAAAGAUGAGCAGAGCUCUUAGGUACGAAAUGAAAGUCUGUUCAAAGAAACCGGUUUUGUAAAAAAGGGGUAUUAAGUCAUUUUUGACCAUGAGGAACAUAGUGGUAACUUCAUUAUUACAUGAUACUGAUCAAUAAGCCUAUUACCUCUCCACACACUGUAGAGUAUCUCAUGCUAAUUUUAAUAAUAAAUGAUUGCCUCUUUAACUUCGAGACAUGAACAAUAACAUAGAUCUGCAUGUGUAACUUUCUGUUAUUUUAGGUACAGGCUAAUUUCUGAUCCUGGUGUGUGAAGCAGAACAGGUCUGCACACUACAUGGGUUAAUUAAGCAUGUUAGGUACUGUAUUGUUAUUGCGUAGUCUGGUUCAUUGUUAAGGUAAGAAAUACAUUGUUUAAAAAAACUGACUUGAAAAUCUUUGGUAUGCUGGAUUUACUUUUACAGUGUUGCUGAAGAGUAAUUAACUUCUCCAUGGCAGUUGUGAUUUUUGGACUUGAGUUAUUGAUUGUAAAUAUUUGAUUUAUUUAGUUAUAUUAUUUUCAACAAUAUAUUGGUACGAUAAUUUAACAAAUCACAAACACUCUUCGCUGUCCGUACUUUGUGCCAGCACAAUGUAUGGGGGAAUGUCUGUACACUAGCCUUUCAUGUGGAUUUUUAUUUGCUGAAUCUAAGAGCCAAUUAAGUAUUGAUGUAAAAGAGAUUUUGCUUACGUUAGUUCUUUACGAUGCAUGUGAUUGAGCCCUGUUUUGCUUUUUGCCCCCUAAGUUUCAUUUUGUAAUUCACUAUAUCAUGUUUUGAUUCACUGGGACCCACAGGUAUUGGAGGUGGAACACAUUUUUUUUCUAGUUGCACAGCAUGAGCGUGAACGUGAACAACAACACGUGUGAAGGAUUAGACUGGUAGCGCAUUGCCAUGUAUGAGACGUGACUGAAUCGCUGUUGAAGGGAUGAUGGAAAUAAUUUAACGACGUACAGGGUGAUGUUGAAUCAAGCAAUCUGAACGCACACACUAUGUUUUGCAAUAACUUUUUUUACUUUUGUUUAAAAUGUGUUAAUAUUUAAGAGUAAGAUGGUGAUGGAAAUAUUUCUAAUUUUCUUUUCCUAAUAUGAGAAUACAAUGUGACAUUGACUGCAAUACUCUUUAACAUUUCAGAAGGAAUGUUUUAUAGCCAAUUUGAAAACUUUGGAAACCAAAAUUUUAUAUAUUUUUUAAUAUAUUGAAGAAUUUAUUAUACUGCGACAAUACAAUGGAUGCACAUUAUUUCAGUAUAAUAAAAAAUCUUCCCACGCACAUAUGAAUAGUUUUCUUGUGUAUGUUUUCAUGCAAAGGAAAUGUAACUCAGAUGGAGAUGGGCCAGAAUGCAAAGGAGCUAUAUACACUCUUCAGAUGCCUCCAUUCCUCCUGCAGUAGGGCUUGUAUCAAAGCACCUUGUCCCCUGGUGGUUGUUGACUAAAAUGUUAUUCUGUUUGUUUGAUGCAGAUUCCCAUCUUAUUUGCAUAUGUUUGAGUUAUGAAUACCACCACAUGGGAGACAUGUUUUGUGAUGUUUUACUUCAGGUUACGUUUUAAUGAGGAAAUGUGAAAGUAAACUUUCAUUCAUUA